AUGGCAACUCUUAUUUUCAUUCAAGAAUCGAUGCCACUGCGGGAUCCAAAAGAAGGUUGGAGUGCGAACUACGGCCAGUGGAUACGAGCUGCGAUGCUGACGUUUGUGAUAACUUACUCAACAACAAGUCCAGUGGGCCAUUUCAUUGACGCGGUUCUUCUCUGCGCGUGUACAAUGGCCAUAGCCGCCUACGUUAUUUUCCCGAUCCCGUUCUCUGUGCUAACGAUGACUCCGGUCUACAAUAUCCUGUAUAUCGUUGCCUUUCGACUUGUAAUGGGGACGGAUGUCAUCCGUCGCACGAAGGCCCAACCUGAGCAAUUCAAGCGGUAUAUGAACAACUUACAUGCUCAAAUUUUAAUGAUGUUCGUGUAUCCGAUCUAUGAGGUUUUGUUUCGUACCGCUCAAGGCUCACACUAUCAACUCUUCGUGAUUUUACUCUUGCCGAUUAUCAAGGUGGUCAUAAAAAAUAUUAUGCGCAAGUGCACAAUGCACGCAGAAGACAUGGUUCCAGAGGCAGUUAUCUUUACAGUGGACUUCUUCAACGCGAUUUACGUGGCCACGUGCAUGCAGACUGCCUCUUCCGCUGUAUCCAUCGUGAUUAUUGUUCUCACCGACCUAUCGCAAACAAUUAUCAUGUUGUACGGACUGCAUCGUCGAACCGCUGUCAUCUCAUCCGCUCUCACUCAAACCGUCCAAAAACCGCACAAGGACCAGUUUCUUAGCGUUCUCUGUGAACUGUGUCGAAACCCCGAGAUUUUUAAAAAGCAACUUCGAGCAGACAAAAGGCGUCCAACACGAAGUCGUAAGCCUACCCGACGGAAGACUGCAGAGCACCCUACAUUUUUGCGAGAUUCACUCGAAGCGCUGUUUAGUACCGAGUGCCUUGUUCUCACCAGUUAUUUGGAAUCUGUGAUCCCGAUGUUUUACACGACGUAUAUAUUAGUUAUGGUGCAUUUGCCAAGCUCCAAAUACCACACAGAAAUGGUUGGAAUCACUGCAGAGAAUGUUGGCGCUAGGAUUUCGCCUGUUUUCAUGUUUGGCUUACUGCAGAUCGCUUCGUUGCUGCUGUUGCUGGUUACGAUCAAGCGUAAUUGUUUGAUGAGAGCACUUUACCAACUCGCGUUCGUCCUUGAGUCACAGAAACUGUUGGUCCAAACCAAACUUAUUGUCUGGAUGAUGAUUACAUUGUGCUUCCGUGUCAUGCACUUCGGAGUCGACUUCACGUUUAAAUUUUCUGGUUUUGGGUAUAAAAUCUCAUCAUCAAGCCCUGGGUGGCCAUAA